AUGGGUGGGGGCGCAACCUCGCCGAGGGGCGAAAACACGGACAUCUCGUCCAAGCCGCGCCGCAGGCGACGAGACGGGUACUUCUGGCAGCUCAUCGUCCUCCGCAUUCCAGCGGCCGUAUUUGCCGUCGCGGUCAUCGCUUACCUGGUGCAUUAUAUUCGCAAGUGGCAGGGCGCUAUCCGCAGGCCUGAGGACGCUGACGACCCGUUCGUGACGAGGAAGGACGCUGGGCCAGAGCGGGCUGGCUCUAAGCAUGUGACGUCUGCACCAACACACCCUGCACAACGGCAAGACCUGGGAGAGGCUGGCGAUCCUGAGCCUCUUCCGAAUUACAAGCAAUCCACUGGGCUCGAGGAGAUCGAGCCAGUCACGAUCUCAGCGGACCCUCCAAGCUACCCUGAGGCUGUUCGUCCACCGCCUCAUUAG